UGGGUAAGGUUUUCCAGCUUGAGGUAGUGGUCGAUCAACCCCUGGAUAGUGUCUAUGAUGAGCUGGUGGUAAAGAUGGAGCAGAUGGGAGACUGGAAUCCAAAUAUUAAAGAGAUCAAGAUUCUCCAGAAGAUUGGCAAAGAUACCGUGAUCACUCAUGAAACCUCAGCAGCAACUCCUGGCAACGUAAUUGGCCCACGAGACUUUGUCAGCGUCCGGUGUUCCAAACGGCGUGGCUCUACAUGCCUCUUAGCUGGCAUGUCAACCACCUAUGCCCCCAUGCCAGAACAAAAAGGAGUUAUCAGAGCGGAAAAUGGUCCCACAUGCAUGAUUCUUCAUCCAGUUCUAGGAAAUCCCUCACAAACCAAGUUAACCUGGCUUCUCAGCAUUGAUUUAAAGGGAUGGCUUCCAAAGACAUUGAUCAACCAAGUUCUUUCUCAAACCCAAAUGGAUUUUGCUAACCACCUCCGGAAUCGUUUGACCAAAUCUACAUCUGCACAAGCCCUCAGAUGCUAAAAAGAAAUGUUCCCUCCUGGCCAUUUUUCCUGGAUGAUGCUCUGACUCCAGCCGCUCAUGAAUCACUGACUGAAGACUCUGUCCCAGAGUAUUGAUGCUUACACUCUCUCCUGUUAAGAGGCAGGCUUCUUUCCCUUAUGUUGCAUCCUUAUGUUUAAGAGCCUCCCUUUAGAGAGAGGCGCACAAAGCUUGUGUUCAGGACUCUGGAAGAAUAAGUUAUGUAUGUUAUGCUUAGGUAUAUCAGGCAUUGAAGGUGAUACUAAGUGAUAUCAAUGGUGGCAUCAACCAUGCAGUUUGUUGGGACUCAAAAGGCUAACAAUUGCUUGAUGGGCAAUGCAUUGCAUCUUAUUUCUUACCAAUGUCUAAAUUCUGAAAUGCAAAAGGCAAGAUAAACUGUAUCGAGAAGGCAGCCUGAGCCUAGGUGACAGUAGGACACAACUAGAGUUCAAGGCUAAGAGAGGAAAGAACCAGCAUCUUUGAUGAACAGAUAGUUUCACCUGGACAAUACUGCACUGACUCUCUAUACCUGGUCUUAUUAGUAUUCAGUGUGCUUGGAAUUGGUUAACCUAUCUUGGCUACUUCUUGAUAAUGUGCCAGGUUUGAUCUCUAACCUCUUCAUUUCAAAGCAACUGACAAGACCCAAGAGAUGAGAAGGAGCUUUGCAAAAGUAUUUGGAAAAUUAUGCCAAUAAGUGGUGUUAGGUGCUCCAAAAUACUUUUACAGAAAUAAGUGUCAUGUCCAGAGUCGUACCUUAAUUAAAAGAUGCUGUCCAUCACCUUCUCUUAGUCACAACUCAUCCCAGUUAGGCAGCAGAUAAUCAGCUGGGGUUGUAUCACAGCAGCUAUUUUUACACACACACACACCCGUAGGGGUUACAAAGAUAGCUGUCAUGUCCUUCCCCAUCAUUUACAACCUCCUUUUUCCAAGCCAGGAUGCCACUACCAAUGGAGUCCCUCCCACCUGCCUCUUUUUUUCCUUUCUAUGAUCCGGCUCCUAAAUCUUGGGAAAUGUUAAGGAUUAAUUCAAGGGUCACUAGUUCCCAUGAUACACUUACAGUAAGUGGAGUUAACUGAACUCUGCAAUAUUGGCUUUAUUAAAAGCUAGGUUUAAACCUAACUCCAUUUGUUGAUCUGAUCAAUUAAUAUUCUUUUGAUGUUUUCACGGAACACUAAGCCUUCAUGGAUUCAAUUUAAGUGUGAAAUGGGAACGGAGACUAUGCAGAGUAUUAAGUUAUAGCAGUAGACUUAUAUACCGCUU